AUGAACGGCGUUGCGAGCCCGUUCCCCCAACCGGGGCCGUGGCAAGAGCAUCGCACUCCUGAUGGCCGCGUCUAUUAUUACAACGCAAUCACCAAGGUCACGCAAUGGACCAAGCCAGAGGAUAUGAUGUCUCCCGCAGAGCGCGCUCUCGCGAACCAACCGUGGAAGGAAUACACUGCCGAGGGUGGUCGGAAGUAUUGGUAUAACACUGAAACGAAACAGAGCUCGUGGGAGAUGCCCGAAGUCUAUAAGAAUGCCCUGGGAGCAGCCGGCACACCCACGACUCCCGCGGCCCCGAUCCCUUACAAUGCAGGUAGUGCGAUCCCGGCCUCCGGCCAUGAUCAUCGUGACGGCCGCGAUAGGGAACACGUCUCUGAUUCGCGCCAGUCAAUGUACGGCGGCGACGCCCCCGCCAGGACUUUCGUGCCCGCCAGCAACGACCCCGAGUACGCGACUUUCGAAGAGGCCGAGGCUGCCUUCAUCAAGCUUCUCCGUCGAAGCGGUGUCCAGGCAGACUGGACCUGGGAGCAAACCCUCCGGACCAUCGCCAGGGAUCCCCAGUACAGGGCAAUCAAGGACCCGAGGGACAGGAAGGCCGCCUUUGAGAAGUACUGCCACGACGUGAUUGUGCAGGACAGGGAGCGCGCCCAGGGAAGACUGAACAAGCUUCGCGCUGACUUCGAGACGAUGCUCAAGAGACAGCCUGAGAUCAAGCACUAUACUCGCUGGAAGACGGCUCGGCGCAUGAUCGAGGGCGAGACCCUGUUCCGCUCCACCGAUGACGAAAACGAACGCCGUCAGUUGUUCGAGGAAUACAUCAUCGGGCUGAAGAAAGCCCACCUCGACCAGAAGGCUGGCUCGCGCAGGUCCGCUAUGGACGGACUCAUCGAACUACUCCCGAAGCUCAACCUGGAGCCCUACACCCGCUGGUCCGACGCGGAAGGUAUCAUCACUUCCACUCCCCCAUUCCAGCAGGACGAGAAGUAUAAGACCCUGAGCCGGUUUGACGUCUUGACUGCCUUCCAAAAUCACAUCAAGUCGCUCGAGCGUGCCUUCAACGACUCAAAGCAGGAACAGAAGAACAGGAAGUUCCGUAGGGAACGCCAAGCGCGAGACGGAUUUUUGAGCCUCCUGAGCGAGCUUAGGAAGCAGGGGAAAAUCAAUGCUGCCACCAAGUGGAGCCAGUUCUUUCCCCUGGCCGAGGACGACGAUCGCUACAAGGCCAUGCUGGGCCAGCCAGGCUCCACGCCUCAGGAGCUCUUCUGGGAUGUCGUUGAGGAGGAGGAAAAGGCGCUGCGGACGCCAAGGAACGAGGUUCUCGACGCCCUUGAUGAUGAGCGGUUUGAAGUCACCCCCAAGACGACGUUUGAGGAAUUCUUCGAGGUUGUCAGAAAGAACCGGCGCACUGCUAACAUUGACCGCGGCAUCCUGUCUAUUAUUUUCGAACGCCUCCAAGAGAAGAAAUCUAGGCGACCGGAAGAGGAUAGGCACUCUGAACGCCAACAACGACGGGCGGCCGACGAUCUACGCGCUUAUAUGAAACGGGUGGAACCUCCCAUUGUUGUCGGCGAUACUUGGGAGAAGGUCAGGCCACGGCUGGUGGACGCACCUACCUUCCAGGUUGUAGGCUCCGAGGAAGCAAGGAUUGCGGCCUUUGAUAAAUUCGUCCGUCGCCUGCGCGAGAAAGACGAGGAGGCCGAGAGGGAUCGUCGUCGGCGCCGAGACCGCGUCUCGAGCGAGCGUGAUGCAUACCGGGCCCGUGAGAGGGAUCAUUCGAGAGGGGAGAGGUCUCAUCGUCACAGUGGGCGGCCUGGUAGGCGCAGCCGUAGUCCGGAAGUAGAUGCCUACGAAGCCGACAGACGGAAGGCCAUCGCCGAGCGAGAACGAAACCACCGCAAGUCGACCAUGGCCGAGAGUCUCUUGUCCGCCGAUCGACGGCCCUCGACCCCGCCCCGCCGCGAUCGAGACCAUCGUGAGCGAGACCGUGAGAGGGAGCGUGAUCGUGAUCACUACGACCGGCCCCCCGGCCGAUCCCGCCGUGGUGAUGACACCUUCUACGAUCGCGAGAGGCGCGACAGAGAAGACGAGCGCGAGCAAACCUACCGACGCCGGAUGGGGUCUUAUGAUGAACUUCCAUAUGGUGAUGAGCGUCCAACUGGUUCCCGUCGUCGUAGGGACGAUGAAGACGACGGACGUCGGGAGUCGAGGGAUUCCAAGCGACUGAAAAAGGAGCCAUCGGCUGAACGUGGCCGUACUCCCGCUCGUGAUGGGGUCCAGAAGGACGCGUCUCCUGCACCAUCGGCAGCUAAGGAGCCUGCUGUCAAGGAAGCCGUCAAAGAACCUGUCAAAGAACCUGCCAAAGAACCUGUCAAAGAACCAGUCAAGGAACCAGUCAAGGAAUCCGUCAAGGAGGAUCCCGCAAUUCACUCUGGUUCUGAGGAGGGCGAGAUUGAGGAGGACUAAGCCCUCCUCUGGUUCCCCGACUGCCCAACGUUUUGGCUGCCGUCCCCGCCCUCUUUGCGCCCUUGCUAGUUGAUGAGCUAUGGGACCGAGAGUCUUUUCGAGUACGUAUCGGAAACUACACUACAUAUCACUGCAGUCAUAGUGGGCGAGAUGACAUGCGGCAUACAGAUCCCUCGACCACAUUCUCGGCGCCCCCUUUUCACCUUCAGUUACAGUAGUACGUCGACUGGAGAUCUUGACCCAGGCCUUCACUCACCGACAAGCCGAUAGCUAGCUAAAGGCUUCAGCGUUCUAUUUUGGUUGUGUCUCAACACAUCGAACGUAGCCCUAGUAUGUUUCUUCCUUGAUUCGGCGUUUUUAAUGCACAUAAUUCUAGUCGGUGAGAAUAUCAAGAAAAAUAUUACUACCACAUCG